AUGUGGAACCCUCUUGUAGUCAGUGUUAGUGGAUUGCCUUGCCAGCCAAGUCGGUUUAAUGUGGGGAAAAGGACCGUUUCACAACCAGAACCGACUGGUAUUUAUGUGCACAGGAAAAGAGCUCGCUUAGAUAAUCUCACGGAAGAAGAGAAAAUGAUCAGAAGGAAAAUAUUAAAUCGAGAGGCGGCUCAAAAAGCACGUGAUCGCAAGAAAGGCUUAAUGGAAAACAUGGAGGAAAGCUUGGCCCAACUACGAUGGGAGAAUGAAUAUUUAAGGACAUCAAAUAGAAUGCUACGGCUAAAGUUUAUCGAGCAGGAGGAGAAGUUCCAGACCCUUCAGAAGAAACUAGAGGAUUCGGAAUCUUCCUGCAAUCCCCUCUAUGAAGACGCUCCGGACGAUAUAUCAUCAACGUUGUUCGAUGCACAAGUCGUUGAAGUUACAUCGGAAAAUGUAUCUGAAACCCAAAAGCCUGGAAACUUCGAUCCCACUGACAACUUGACACCAAGUUCUCCUUCUUUAUAUGAUAGCAUUUUAUGCAGUCUUCAGGAUGAUCAACUUGAAGACAUUCCUGGACUGAGUGAUGCAUAUGAUUCAGAAGAGAGUCUUAGUGACCUUAUGGAACUUUUGAAUGGUGAGGCGUUUGACCAUGAUUUUUCUACGACGAACUUCAGUUAA